UCGACCGGCGAAGACGCUCUCUGAAUUUUUGGAAGCUCGUCCACGCUGCGCAAUUCGAUUAAAAGAACCCUGUUCUCUCCCCCUUAAUUCCCAAAUUUUUUAUGCCAUGGUUUUCGUGGAGUUGUUGAUAUUCGUGGCCUUCGUCGGUUUGUUUUUGUACAAAUGGUCUGUCAAUACCUUCGGCUAUUUCACAAAACGGGGCGUGGCCCAUGACAAACCCAUUCCGCUGCUGGGUAAUAUUUCCUGGUCAGUGCUGAUGGGCAAGGAUUCGUAUAUAAGACACAGCAUUGAAAUGCACAUGCGACUGAAGCAACACAAGGUCUAUGGAGUGUACAACCUGCGUGAUCCCCUGUACUACCUGUCGGAUCCGGAGCUCAUACGCCAGGUGGGCAUCAAGAGCUUCGACAACUUCGCCAACCAUCGUAAGGGACUUUCUGAUGGACCCAAUGAUACCAGUGUCCUGUCCAAGAGUCUGCUCAGUCUGCGGGAUCGUCGCUGGAAACAGAUGCGCAGCACCCUGUCGCCCACAUUUACCAGCCUCAAGAUCCGCCAGAUGUUCGAGCUCAUCCAGUAUUGCAAUGUUGAGGCAGUGGGCUUCUUGCAGCGCCAGCUGGAUGAGGGCAAUGCGGAACUGGAGUUGAAGGACUUCUUCACGCGCUACACCAAUGAUGUGAUUGCCACGGCUGCCUUUGGCAUUCAGGUCAACUCCUUCAAGGAUCCCAACAAUGAGUUCUUCUCCUUUGGUCAGCGCAUCUCGGAGUUUCGUUUCUGGGGCGCACUCAAAGUAAUGUUCUACAUUCUGAUGCCCAAGCUGAUGAAGGCAUUGCGUGUACCCGUGAUGGACAUGAACAACGUCGAAUACUUUAAGAAACUGGUUUUUGAUGCCAUGAAUUGUCGCAAAGAGCAGAAUAUAGUGCGCCCCGACAUGAUCCACUUGCUAAUGGAAGCCCAAAAGCAGUUUAGGACUGAGCAAGAAGCCUCCAAGGAGGAUCCCGGCAGAAAACAAGAAGAUCGUGCCGAAUUCAACGACGUAGAUCUGCUGGCCCAGUGCCUGCUGUUUUUCUCGGCGGGAUUCGAGACGGUGGCCACCUGCCUGAGCUUCACCAGCUACGAACUGCAGAUGAAUGCCGAGGUGCAGGACAAAUUGUACGAGGAAAUCCGGGCCGUUAAGGAGAAACUUGGUGAUAAAUUGCUCGACUACGACACUUUGAUGGGCAUGAAGUAUCUGGAUUGCGUGGUCUCCGAGUCGCUGAGAAAGUGGCCACCGGCCUUCAUCCUGGAUCGCAUGUGUGGUGCUGAUUUCCAGCUAAAGGAUGAGCAGGGCGAGGUGCUGCUCAAUGUAAGCAAGGACGAAUUGGUGCACAUUCCCAUAAUGGCAAUUCAUCACGAUCCGGAGAACUUCCCGGAUCCAUUGGCUUUCCGACCAGAGCGCUUUGACGACGAGCACAAGCACGAGAUCCGGCAGUUCACCUAUUUGCCCUUCGGAGUGGGCCAACGUAGCUGCAUUGGCAACCGGUUGGCCCUCAUGGAGGUGAAGUCCCUGAUCUUCCAGUUGGUCCUGCAUUACCGCCUCAAACCCACGGAACGCACUCCUCGCGAUAUGAUGGCCAACAUUUCCGGCUUUCGCCUGCUGCCCCGGGAUUUGUUCUGGUGCAAACUGGAGUCCCGUGGAUCCGCUUAAUUGAUAAUACGCCCCCAAGCACGUACAUAUAAAUAAUAAUAAAGGGAAAGAACAAACCACAAAAAAUGGAAACAAAAACAAGGCAAUUUAUUUCAUC